UGGUUGGAGGGGACGCUUGACAAGUCCCGAAGAAAACUUAAGGGGCAAAGUCCAGCCUGAGUGUGAGGGAGACAGAGUGGAAGUUAAUGUGUCGGAGCGUGCAGGGCACAAAAUCACAUGUCAUUUUAAAGAAAUGCUCCAAAGAUGGCGGUGGUAAUUGCGACAGGAGUUUCUGGUGCCUCCGGAGUGCAAAAAAGUGGAUUUCUGGAGGUUUUGGUGCGAGAGCGUUGGCACAAAGUUUUGGUCAACUUGAACGAGGAAGCGCUCACAUUAAGCUGCGAGGAGAGCUGCGUUAAUGACAAUGUCAACUCUAACGGCGUUACCAACGGAUCUUACCUCGACAACAAUAACACCAACUCCAACAACGGCCCCCAAACUGUGCGCACCGCGUUCACGGACCUACCGGAGCGAGUGCCCGAGGCGAUCGCCAACAGAAAGCGGUGCGUCAAGGUGACCAAGCAGGAGGUCGGGGGACUCGGGAUCAGCAUUAAAGGUGGGAAGGAGAAUAAAAUGCCCAUCCUCAUCAGUAAGAUAUUCAAGGGACUCGCCGCGGACCAGACCCAGGCUCUGUACGUCGGGGACGCCAUCCUGUCAGUGAACGGUAUGAACCUGCGGGACUCGACCCAUGACGAGGCUGUGCAGGCGCUGAAACGGGCCGGGAAAGAGGCGACUCUUGAAGUCAAAUACAUGCGCGAAGCAACGCCGUACGUCAGAAAGGGAUCCCCAGUGUCAGAGAUCGGAUGGGAAACACCCCCUCCUGAGUCUCCCCGCCUUGGCAGCACUCCCAUCACCUCUACUUCUGACCCUCUGAGUCCUCUACCCCAGCCCUCCCUGUCUCUGCAGGGCGACAGGAGGUGCAUACCACUUAAGAUGUGUUAUGUAACCAGAGCCAUGACUACACCAGACCCUGAGAACAGACAACUGGAGCUGCAUUCCCCUGACGCCAGGCACACCGUAGUGCUGCGGUGCCCAGACCAACCAUCUGCCCUGACCUGGUUCUCUGCCAUGCACUCUGUCACAUUCACUCUGGCACAGCGGGCGCUGGCAGAGGUCAUGCAGAACACAACCAGGACAGGGGUUGCUGGCAGCAAAGAAAUACGACACCUGGGAUGGCUGGCAGGGAAGACAGAGAGUGAGAAGGAGUGCUGGAAGCCAGUGCUGGUUGUGGUGACGGAGAAAGACCUGCUGCUGUACGACAGUCUACCACGAGGCAAAGAGGCCUGGCAGAGCCCAGCACACACUUAUCCACUAUUAGCAACACGUUUGGUCCACUCUGGCCCUGACCGGGGGUCACCUCAUUCUGGCACAGAGCUGUUUUUUGCCACUCGGACUGGCACACGCCUCGGCAUUGAGACAUACCUUUUCCGAGCUGAGACCACCAAGGAUCUGUCUCUGUGGACCCGACACAUAGUCAACGGGUGUCACGCUUCAGCUGAGAUGAUCAAGGAAGUCACUACAAGUUGUCUGUACCGGGGUCAGGAGUGCCGACUUGUUAUUCACUACGAACAGGGCUUCUCUGUGUUGGCUGAAUCCAAACGUGGAGAUGGGGAGAAUGAAGAAGACAGAGGAGCCCACACUCCUACCAGACCACGAGUGCUCCUCUUCUACCCCUACGAAAAACUAAAGAUGUCCUCGGAUGAUGGAGUUCGAAUGCUCUUCCUUGACUUUGGAGGGAAAGAGGGGGAGAUUCAACUGGACCUCCACUCAUGUCCGAAGCCAAUCGUCUUCAUCCUCCACUCCUUCCUCUCUGCUAAGAUCUCCCGCCUUGGUCUGGUGGCCUGACAGCCUCUCUUAACGGACAUUUCACCUGCUUUAAAAAAAGAAAUCCACUGUGUUUCUCCACAUCUCUGCAGGAAGCAUGCAGUGCACCUCGUUAAACUCUUACAGCGGGGUACCCAAGCAGAGCGAAUGUAGCCUCUCUCUGGAAACUAAGCAUUUUAGGGUCUCCAACUCCAAGUUAAAGAAACACUGGAGAAACCAAACCAGAUUGGUUUUGCUUUGAGUGGAACUUGGAACUUUAAACUUUCCCUUUUAAGGGCUGCAAUGACUGAAAUGUUGACUAAUGAACCACAGAAGAAAACAUGGACUAUCACUGGACUUGAAGCAGAGGGAUGGUAUGGUGUAUAUAGAGAAGGACACACUGAAAGAAAUAGAUUGGACAUUAUUGUCACGUCCAGGGUUGGACACGUGCAGCAGGGGUUGAGAUGAAUUCAUUUUUAAUUGAAUCAAAAUGUAAUGGCAAACUGCCUUCCAUUUACCAAUCACAUAAUUUAUUCACCAUCAGCUCUGAAAGGACACUCUGUAUUUAACUCUGUCAUUUUUCUUCGCCAAAAACUUUAAGCAUUUGUCUUUGUUAGUGUCCCCUUGAGACAUCUCAUUAGCAAUGUCACUAUUCAUCACUGAACCUGAGAAGCCCAACUGGCCGCACAGUUUCCCACAGUGUGACAGCUGACUCACAUUCAAAGUGUCACAGUAUUUCUUUAACAAGUUGCAUACAGUAACCAUCUUCUGGUCAAACUAUUUCAGUAUGAGAGUUGACAAUGAUCCAAUGUCAGCUCUAAUGUCUUGAAACAUGAAAAACACUGCUAUCACUUACAUCAUUUAUAACAAACUCAACCAUUGUGUUUUUCUUGUCACUUUUUGUAUGCAUUUAACUUGAAUUUCCACAGUAAAACUUGGAAUACCUGCAAAUUCAUAAUUAGGAUAUUAAUAUGCGCAUUAUUAAUUUAUCCUGAAUAGUACCGCAACUACAUGAUGAGAUCUUUUUGAGGAUGCUUUGGAAAACAUGUUUUGGAUCAUUUUAAGAAAUGGUUUAUCAUUUAUUGCAUUAAUAUGUUUCUUUGUUGUGUUGUCAAGAGGCAGAUGAAAAAAUCAAUACCGAUACUGAUGAUAUUUAUUAAAUAUAAGGCUACUGCCAGUAGCUGGUUAGCUUAGCAUAAAGACUGGAUUGUAAAUUUGGAGCACCUUCCUUAACCAAUUGUUGAACCUGAUAACACUCAACAGUCAUCAUUAAUAAUUAAUUAUAUACAAAACAUGUUUGUUUUCUCAGUUUAAAUUUACUUUAACAACAUUUACUGCACAAUCCUAACAUAUUAGAUAUGUGAAACACAUGCUAAACUGAUAUAAAAUAUAAAAACAUAAAAUAAUGAAGCACAAAUAAUUUAAACAAACAAAAUAAUAAAAUUAUAACACUGUUGAAAUUGAUGCUCUUGUUUGCAUUCAACCGGUGGUCAAAGGAAACCAAAUCCUUCUGAGCAGCACUUCUUAAGCUCAUUAAUUAACAUUUUAUAUCUUGUUAGUUGAAUCUGUAUGAAAACCAAAUGUACAACAAAAAAUAUUCUAAACAGCCAGGAUAUGUUGACAGGCAACCUGCACAAACUCCAACAAUUUGCUGCUUACAGACAAGAAAUAGUGUAGCGCAUAACUGCCUGUAAAAUGGCAAAUUGUCAUUUUGACACUUUAUUUUUUUGUCCAGGUGUAAUAGACCUGAGAGUGAUUUUGAACUUCUCACCUCAGUCUCAGCAAGAAAGCGAAUACGUUUAUUUCCCAAACUGUAUAUCUCUGCCAUCUACUGAGAUAUGAUGAUGCUGUUGACUCCUUCUUCGUUAAUUUCAGGGUGGAGAGUGACUGUUCACGCCUGAUGUACCAACUGAAAUAUUUCAAAAUAGACACUGAAUGACUGCAGAUGUUAAACUGACAAACUGAAGUCAUGUUCUGUCCCAUCAAGCUAACAUCUGCCAAGAGUACAUCUAACAUUCAGACUGAAAACUGCCAUGUAAACUAAGGAUGCCACAGUUAUCUAAUCAAGUAUUAUUCAUCUAUCAAUACACAGUAGCAAGGUAGCCAUCAUAUAAAUCUUCUAGUCUGCUUUAGUCCUGCAGCAGCCAGUGUAGCUCUUUUUGUCUUGGAUGUUACAGUAUGCAGCGUUAAAUCUGUGUGCUGUGCUGUCUGUGACAUGGCCAGCUGCCAGGUCUUUCCCUGUGCCUUCAGAUGAUAAAGAAGAAGAAAAAAAAAAUGAAAAAAUAGUUUUGAAAGACAUUAAUCACAGCAUGAGCAUGGAGCAAUGAUGUGACUUCUAUGAUGGCUACAUUUGGUUAUGAGUGUGGAGAUUCUCAGCCAGCUGUAAUUUUGUGAUUUCUGUCUUCUUCAUAUCAAACUCACACAUUUUCAAUGACCAUUUACAUACACAGUGACACUGUGAACAAUGAUUUACACAUUGCAAGCAUAGCACAGUGUAGAGGAAAUAUGAUCUGUUUUGUUGUUACUAAAAGAUGACGGCAGCACUGUAACACUUAUAUUCAGCGACGAAUCCCGCACUUACUGAUAACCUCAAGUGAAGAAAAGCUCUGUGAGUAAAGGCUGCUUUGAUAUGUAGAAUACUCUGAUGCCUUCGGCAGCUACUAUACUGUCACUCAGAAUGAUAAAGCUUAGUUUUGAACUCAAAUGGUGCACAUAAAUCAUGUAUUUAACAAAAGUGAUAAGAUGACUUUGUUUUUAUUGUGUUCACUUGUGAUUUAUUCAU